AUGGCUCUGUCCCAGAUCCAGUGCCUGGACGAUAAUCACGUGAAUCCGCGGACGCACGAGUCCAAACCGGACUUCCUCUACAGCGAGGACCAGCGGCUCGCUCUCGAGACUCUCCUCCGGAAUGGUCGCGAGGCGUUUGUUAAGUGUUUGGAGACUCGCGGCCUGCGGGGGUUCCUCUCUGACCCGGAGCUGGAGACGCUCACGGGGUCGGUGGAGCCCUUUGACCCGGACUUGGAGGUUUUUCCGGAGGAUGCGGAGGACGACGCGCCCCCGUUGUCUUUGCACUACUGGCCCGAGCUGUCGGACACCUCCAUCCCGCAGAUGGACCUGGGCUGGCCGGACACCGAGGCAUACCGGGGGGUCACGCGCACUACAGUGUAUACACAACCACCACUGGAAGGCCAAAUACACAUCAAAGAGGUUAUCAGGAAAAUGAUUGCGCAGGCGCAGAAGGUGAGUCAGUGUAAAGUUUUGCUAUCUGAUAUUCAUGGUUUUAAGCAUUGUCAAAUAUUUUAUAAAACUUUAGAAAAACAGAUGUCUUGAACUUGUACUCAUAUUUCAAACGAUGUAGUAAUUAUUAGGGCCCGACCGAUUUAUCGGCGAGCUGAUUAAAUUGGCCAAUUGUAGCCUGUUUGAGACUAGUAGGUAAUUGGCCAAAACUCGCCCAUUGUCGCAUAAAUUUUCAGAAAUAAAAUGCUGAGAAUAAGAUUCGGUUACACUUCGAAAAUGUUCUGCCAUUUGAAAAGAUCCUCCGACUUAUCCUGUAGAUAGCGCAGCGACCAGCGGAGGAGAGUGGUCCGCCUCAAUGGUAAAUAAACCAGCUUGUGAAAUACACAAUAAGUAAACAUCAGUUCAACCCACUUCAUGAUGUUCCCCGCUGUGCUGGUCUUGGUCACGCCAAGUUAACGGUGAAGCACCAUGUAAUAGAGUUAGCCAUCUGCUAUUAGCCUUGCUACACUGUUAGUCGCGCCAGUAACGGUAGAAUAAACAACAGUACACAUUACGUGAUCGAGCUACUUUUCUUAACUGAGCCAGCUGAAUGUCUCAAGAUGAGACCGGACCAGAAAUGAGUAACGUGAGUUAAGACGCGGAGGCACCAAUCGGCGCACGGGGGUGGAGCUGGGGUUGGGGGUAAGUUGAAAAUGCUUUUCUAGUCCGAGUUUGAUUCAUGAUAAAUACGUGGAAUAUUAAUGAGGUUAAUAUUACUGAGAAGUGUUUGAAAGGCUCAAAAGCAGCCAUUUGUAAAAAAAAAAAAAAAAAAAAAAGUUAUUAUGUUUGUGUAUUACUUGAAUUAACAAAAAUUUAAAACUUCAUAAAAAGUUUAAAAAAUCUGCUGAUUAAUAGGUAAUUGGAUUUUUUUCCUCCUUAAAAAUCAGUAUCGGCAUCGGCCCCAAAAAAUCCAUAUCGGUCGGGUCCUAGCAAUUAUACAUAUUCAAAUGAUAACAUAAUUUGAAUUUAAAUAGAAAUUAAAGGACUCUUUGGCAGCAUUUAGCAGAAAAAAACAGCAAGAAACUAAGUACGUUAAAAAGUGGUCCAUUUCUGAUUAGCAUGAAUUAUCUGCUUUUGAAUUUAUUUUUUUUUUUUUAACUUUGAAUGAGCCUUUUAUUUACUACGAAAGACGCAAGUCCCCCUUAUAGACGGGUUUCUGCGCAACAUCAUCAUGCGCGCGCAAACUUGGGGCAGAAAGCAGGACAUUUCCUAUUUGAUUACUAGCGGAGUCAACGGAGAAAGAAAAUGGCAAAACAAACAAUCGGCAAACAUUACCACCCUGCUCCUGAUACUAGAAACAUUUACAACAACAUCACAACCUGGUGAAUUGAGUGAAAUUCAUGGAUAUUUUAGUGUUUUUCUGAUUUUGAUGCAAUGAAAGACAAAGCGAUUUUUCAAUGAAAUGACAUUUAAUUGCAACUGUGUCAGGGAGAACUUGCAAACAAUACGGCAUCUUCAUUGAUAUCAGUUCACUCCGAAGCAGGCUUUUGCCCCAUUGUUGCGCGCGCACCUUGUAUUGUUUGUACGCAAGAAACCCGCCUAUAGAAGCUGUCAUUUGUCUACUGUAGCAGAGAAAGGACAAAAAAACUAGUGACACUCUCAGUCUUUUAUUCAGUGAGUGGCAGUUUGAAAAGCACCUGUUGCUGGACGAAAAGAAGUAGGAGUGGUUGUUGUGAACUAAAGAUUUUGUUUUGGUAGACGUGUUUGACAAAAAGCAAGGAUGCCUCAGGGAUUUUUUGUGUCCUCAUGUAGGCCACCAUCACUCUACCGAGGGGAGGGGUGAGCACCGGGGCAUUUAAAUGUAGAAGUUUGCUGCUAGACAUCCUGAAAUAUCUCAAACACCAUACCUCUGAAGGCUUAUGGUCAUAAUACAGAAGCCCUAAGUGGACAUGCACCAAGACAUUUUAUUUACUUCAUUUGUAUCAGCUAACUUUUUUUAAGUCGUUUUUUUAAGAUUUCAAACUAUUUUUCAAUCAUUGCCAUCAUGAUAGACCUUAUGGUCUUAGAUUUUCUUUCUUGCAUCUAUAUGCAUAAGGAUACGUUAGAUUAAAUUACCUUUCUAACACAAGGUUAAGGGAUAAUUUCUGAUGAUACGGUGAACUAAAAAACAGGCAAGUCCCUUUAUUAGGCCAGACCAUGACAUGCAAUGUUGUCACUUCCUAACCUUAGGUAAGCUAAGGCCAUGAUCACUCUGUGUUUGUUUUGUACUUUUGCAACCCCGUGAAUUUGAGUCAUGAACGUUUGACAUGAAGCCAAGAUCUUAUGAAUACAAAUGAAGUAAACCGGUCAUUGAAAAACAAGCCAAUCAGUGACUAGGAUCAUUGUCAAAAUUAACAUUUCUCAAACAGUAACCUCAAAUACCUGUUUCUCUUUCUCUUUCCCUGCUGUAAACAAAAAUGCGAACUCAAACGCUGACAAAGAGUGUUAAAACUGACAGACUUCAACUGUCACACAAUGCGAGGUCAGAGUACAGCCUGCUCAACUAAACAGACAGUCAAGAGUAAAGUGCAUCUUGAUUAAGCUGCUUUAUGAAGGGAAGAGAAGUAGCUGUAACUGUGCCAGCAGCAUGAGAGCACGUGCGUUAUGCCGGACAUUUGCAUGCACAGAACUGCCAGGGUGCAGCGGUAUGGGCGACGUCUCUGUCUGUUAAUGCAGCUGAUUCAUCUGAAGACAUAAAUUUAUUACAGCUUUCAUUCCUAAGCAGCUGUUCUUGGUGAGAUGUGUUAUUAUUUGACUGAAACAUCCUGUGGGCAUAUUCCUGAAGAGCUUGUGACAGGGAAAUGAUAAAAGUUAUAGGCGAUUAAAAGCUGGGAGAACAUGCAUUACACCCCUUGAAUAUUUAUUGUACAUGAGCACUUACUUAUUCUAAAUUUACUUCAACCUUUGGAGGAACUUAGAUCUGAUUUCUUUCGAUAAAUGCUGAAACAUUGUCUGAUGUUUUCAAUACCCUCACAGUGACUUAAAGCCUGAGGCGUGUUCCGGCUGCAUUUUUAAAAAAAGCCUGUUUACUUAUUCAUAUGCAUGCACUUUCUGUAUAUGUGUGCACUUGUGCAUGUUUCCUGUGUGUUAUGUUUGUGUCUUUGUUUGUUUGUUGUUUUUUCAGGUUAUUGCAGUGGUGAUGGAUGUCUUCACCGAUGUAGACAUUUUCCGAGAUAUGCUCGACGCUGGUUUCAAGAAGAAAGUUGGUGUUUACAUCCUGUUGGAACGUACAUCACUGCCUCAUUUCCUGUCUAUGUGUCAGAGGGCUAACAUGCAUGCAGGACACCUGAAGGUGAGCCAAUGGCAGUAGUUUUGGUAAUGUAUCAGCAUUAUCCGUCUGCACAUCAACAAGAAUAUUUUGAAUUUCAUUGCAAUUGUCAGAGAAUUCCAGAUAUUAAAACUGCUGAAUUAGUCACCAAACAUAACGUGUCAAGGGUGCCGUAGUUAAAAAGAAGAAACUCUCUUUGGAAAGAAAAACUAAAAUCAGGAGACUUUCAUCAUGCAGAGAUAAGUGGGGGCACACGCUAUGUCUUUUCUUGCUUUCGCACACACACACUCACACCCAACACACACCCACGCAUAGUGAGAAAACCCAUCCAGCUGGCACAGCACCACCGAUGAAUCCUCUACCUCGUGUCUACCCUCAGCGUUUCAUUCCAUAAUUGGCUGCUUACCACUAAAAACACAACUUAUAAAAACGCCCUUUGGUCAUGCUAGGACACGUGAAAGGGACUUGCAGGGAAAUUCACACUGUUUCUUUGGUAAAUUGUUUUUCAUAGAAUGAGUCCUUUGACGAAGCUGCCAAAGCAUGAAAACGUGAUAAUUUCGACUCAUGUCAGCCAAUCAAAUAUUUGUGGAUAAACAAGAAAUAACAGGCUCUGUCUGGGUUAACAGUUGGCUCCUCCAGGAAAUUGCAAUUCCAUUAUUAAGAGUCAUCGCAAAGCCAACCAAUCCCUAUGAACUCAAUGCACAAGUUUUACUUUCUUUCAUCAAAGCUGCUUGAUUGACUGGAUUUGACAUCUUGGAUCCAGUGGUCCUAUUGAUGUUGAGCCCUAUGAAGUCUGUUUUAAUGUUUCCAGAUUCAGUUUUAUUUUCCCCACAUUUCAGAAGUCUGUGUUUUAUGAUGAGACUGAAUAGUGUAGGUUGACCAUACGUCCUCUUUUACCUGGACAUGUCCUCAUUUUGGGGGGCUGUCCAGCCUGUCUAGCCUUGUCCGGCUUUGUUCGGGGAAGUUUAUAAAAUCCUUCAAAUGUCUGGUGUUCUGAAUGGAAGAUCUGAGUUUGUGUCGCAUGGACUUACUGAGUUAGAAGCGCGUAAAAAAACAUUCGAUCCGACCCAGAAAACUUUCAACAUUAACUACGUGUGACUCCGUGACUCCCCUGCGUAGUCGUGUCCUCUUUUUGGGGAUUCAGAAUAUGGUCACCCUAGAAUCAUGUGACGUCAUCUAGUUGAUUAAUGAAAAUUUUAACAAUUCCAUUGGAAAUACCCAGAGUUCAAUGAACGUUGAUCAAUUUAAUUAAAAUUUUCAUAAAAAUACAAACAUGAAAUAUAUGGCCUACAUUAACAUUUUGAUUUGACUCACUUACCUGUGACGAUAUUCAACACACAGCAGUCUCUGGUGUCAGUCAAAGAAAGUAUUCAUUGCUUUCUACUUUACUGGUCCGUAUUAAUAUGGGGUUGCUUGUUACAGUAAAUAAGCUUUGUUCCCUAUGUUAUAUAUAAAUGUUUAAAAUUAUGAGUAGCUCUUUCUGGUGGAGCAUGGGGGGAUAGUCUAAGUCAUGGUUACAGAUAGUAAUCAUAUAUUGAUCAAAAACAAGAAAGCAUGUCAAGAAUCGCUGACCUGUAGUCACACUUUAAAAAAAGGGAUAUUCCACAUUUUAUGCAGAAUUCAAUAUUUAUUGUACAAUUCUAUGAUCCUGUUUGUGUUUUCUGCAUCAUGGAAAUCAUUGGCCCCUGAGAGAAGUAAAAAGCUGCGUUUAAGAGAUGGACAAACACUAUAACACAGAGCUGACGGAUAAACAAGAACAGGCACACACACACACACACACACACACACAUAGACACACACUUCCCUCUGCUAGUUUAUGCCUUGGAGGGGCUAAAGUGGAACUGAAAGGCGGCAGCAGCUUGACAGACUUCCAGGACCAUCUGUAUCUGGAUUAUAUGCAAAACAGCAGAAAAUGUCACAGUCUCAUGUGGCCGUUUUUUCUUUGUAAACACAGACAUAUGACUGUAACACAGAAGAAAUAACUGAGGGGGCUGUUUUUGCUCAGCUGAGAGGCUGUGUCUGUUCCAACCUGGUGUAUUCGCGUGACAGCCGCUUGCUUUUAUGUAAAUAUCUGUUGCUUUUGGCUCUCAUUCUUGAGGACAUCUCAAUCCUGUUUUCUGGCCCUAAAUCCAAGUGCAAACUUGCCGCAGUUUUAAAGCCGCAGAGUUCAAAUUUAGCCUGGAGUUGUCUUUUUAAUCUGUAAAAUAUGCAGCAGAAUGUCAAAGCAUGGGCCCUUAAAACCGACCCUGUGUUACAGCUUCCUUGUGAGGAUUUCCCUUUCAUGUACAUCAUAUUGCUUAUAACGGUUUGACAUGAUAACAUCUGAGUGAAAUUGCCCAUUGCUUUCUGAAGCAUUAUGGGAUGAAAGUAAUGCUCCAACCAGCCUCCCAAUUAUUUGAAUACUGGCAAAUAUGGUGAAGUUUCAGCCAUGGUGUUGCUGUCUGGCGAACAUCUACAACCUUCCCACCCAAGGGUCAAAUCAGCCGCACCCCGUAACAUGCCUGAUUACCAACAACUCUUUACAUCAAAGCGAAUAAGUUCAUAGAAUCACCAAAAAAAACCCGCCCCAAAUAAACAAUUUAAAAGAAUUGUAGAAGUUACAACAGAGUUUUAAUGCCACAUUAAGAAUUGUAAAAGAUUUUAUAAAAUAAAUAAUAAUAAUAAUAAUAAUGAAUUUAAUUUACUUUUUAAAGGGGGUUACAAGGUGCUCUACAAAUUUAAAAAAAAAAACAGAAAGAGAGGAGACACAUAAAAGGAAAAUAUGACUAAAAAUUUAACAGUUUAACAACACAGUGGUGAUUUAACAUCCUAAGAGAUAUGCAAACAGAUAAGUAGGUAAAAAAAGUAUAAGAGAGGGAUUAAUGGCAGAAUUGAAAAGGAAAUAGUAUAAAACCGAAAGGCUACAAAUCCAUGGACCAGCACUCUCAGGAGAUAACAUCUUCUGUAAAAGCACAUCUGAAAAAUGUGUUGCUUAAAAGACACUUAAAAGACGUUAAACAGGUUGCCAUUCUGAACUCUUGAGGGAGGUUGUUUCAGAGGGCGGUGGCUCUGACAGGAAAGGCUUGGUCACCUUUGGACCUUUAAAUCAUUUCCACUGAAGUCGUAGUAAAAUCAUAAACUUAGGAGAAUAAUGUAAUAAAAUCAUACCAUACAGGUUACAUUAUAAUUUUUUAAACAGUCUCUUCAGAGUCCUGGUUUUAAUGACAAUGUGGUGCCACUGAGCCAAAUAUCAUGACUGAAUUCUCAAGACUGUAUUCUUGUUGUAUGAUGACCAUAACUUGGACUUCAUCCUUGUAAGAAAAUCUAAAAAUGUGAGAUACUUGGACUGACAGCUUUAAGCUUUAAAAACACUCUUUAUCCCAAGUUUUGUGCUUUGUACUCCUCAUCAAACAGCACCAGUUUCAUAGAGUGACCCUUAAAUGUUUGACCAGAGUGUGUCACUUGACUGUAUCGCCUUUUACGCUCAUAAGAAACCUUAAGAAGACUUUCGAUGGCGGAUACCAAACUGGAAAUGCUCCAACCUCUGACUAAUCUAGAAACUGGAAAUGUGGUGGAAUAUAGCCAAACGUUGCUGCUGAAAAACAACAACAUUUGCCCAGUUGACAUGCCUGAUUAUCCACAACUCUUUGCUUUAAUAUGAAAAUUGAUAGGUUGUAUCAAUCCUCUCUUUUAUAAUUGUGUUAAUUAUGACAUUUUUUUUAACCAGGCUAGAAACAUGUAUAAAUUAGUUGUAACAGUUGGCAUUAUAAUAUGGUCUCUACCCAGCUUUCUGGAUUAACUACAUUUAGCAGCCAGCAUGACACACCUGAGAUAAAUCAGAGCUACACAUAAAACUAUUGACAUUUAAACCCAAAGUGACUGUAAUGCUUGCAGAUCUGCUAAAGUAAAGUGCACACCAUUUAUGAUAUAUAAUAGUGUAUCAGCCCAUCGCUACAUACUGUCCCAGAAAGUUCGUUAGCCUGGGGGAACAGCUGUUCAAGCGACAGAUAUGACCGGGAACGGUGACGAGCAGCUGACGCAAACUCUUCUUAUGCGGCAAACUGUCAGGAAUCCAAGCCUGAGCUGCCGAAUGUGAGGAUGGCAGGCUGGAAGACAGGUGUGACAGUGAGAAAACAGCUUGAUUUUUUUUUUUUUUUUACUGUAAGUGACAAGAGGGAAAAGGUAGGUGGAGGUAGAUAAGAUGGGUGGGGAAGCAGAUGAGUGGCGAAGAUAAGUGCAGAUUUUUCUUUCACUUCACAGUUCUCUGAGGGGAUUUCUCCACAGUGUCUCGGCUUGUUCGGUGGUUGAAUUCCCACAUUAAAAUUCUUUGUGGGACAGCUUGGGUACGCACCAUUCACAGCUCAGAACUGUUCUCAUAGAAAUGUAAUUUGCAGAUUUUAUCUGAUCAGCUAGCUGAAGGAAUGUACUGAGAGGCAGAGAAAGUGAAGGGUGGGACCAGAGAAAGGAAGGAAAACAAGAGUUUCUACUGCAUGACAGGCCACGCCAGGUAUAAUCUCCUACAUCAAGACAACUGGUUAAACCAUUUUCUGGCUGCAUCUCAGCUCACAAUUUUUUCUUCUGUUUUUUUUUAAGCAUUUCUACAAAAGCAGUCCUUGUAAGUCUCAGCUUGUGGUUUGGUUUUAAUUGUCCUUGUUGGAAGAGCUUUAAGCCUGGCACCAUGUGGAGCCUGACAGACACUUGACUUUCUUUUUAAUAUUACUUCCCCUUAAUAAACAUUGUCUGCAGGGUGUGUAAAGACAGAUUAUUACACCUAUUUUUGGCUGUGUAUGUUAUACUGCGGUAGUUUGAAGCUGAUUAGGUUUAACUACUUUUUAAAGGACCUUUUUAAUACAAUAAACAGUUAUACUUAGUAAAAGUUAUUUAGUUUUGAUGCCAAUGAUCCCAGAAUACUUUGUACCUUCAUAAAUAUAAGGACAUAGAGUACACGAGGGCCUCUCAGCAUCAGCCAAAACCUCAAAUCUCGGUAUUUUACUUGGUGUUGGGAUGUUGAGACAAAGCAAAUCCUCAGUUAUAUAAAAAUCAUCAAUAGAAAAGUUAAGUCUGUCAUAACUAGGCCAAGGACCCCUCGUAGGAUUAAAAAGAAAAUAUUCAUGUUUUUUUUUCCCUAACACCUGCUUCUUGUGAUAGUUUAUAACUGAGGAUGGUUUUUGAACAUUCACUGUUCAAAUCGGGAUGUACUCUUUGUGUUUACAUAACAUAAAUGUUAAUGUCAACACAAUUGCUCUCGAAGGAAUAAAGGCCAAACUGAAUAAAAGGGUAGUGUCCCACUUUGAUAGAAUCCCUAUCCAGUCUUUUAAGUACAUAUGGAGUGAAAUAGGAAGUAGGUCCACUCAGUCCUAAAGGAUUUCAGUCCAUCAUUAUCAAUUCCUGGUGAAUACCAUUUCCAACUCUUACACUCAUACAUAUAAAUCAAAAUCUACCACUUCAGUGUUUGUUUAACAUCCAUACCAAUCCAUGCUUUCACUCCUACUCUAAACAUUUUAACCAUUCUCUGCAUACACCCCUCAGGCUUAUUAUCAAGUAUAUGACUAUUUACACAAGAACUAGGUGAGCUUGAAUUCAUGUUUUUUUUUUUGUCUCAGAAAGAGGGAGGAAUAUGCAAAGUUGGUAGAGUCAUACAAAAUCUGCUUCCGUUUAGGGUUAUAAAUUGAAUCCACUGGUUCCAAAUUUGAUAGAAUCUGUCUUUUUGGAUCCUCAAAAUGUGGGUCAGUUUCCUCGUCUCAGAUAUUACCAACUUUCUUCUAAUCAGUCAACCAUUGUGGGUGCUGGAUCGUUUUUUUUUUUGUUGCCUAUAGCGGCACUGAUUCACGUCUCUUUUUCAGACACAAUGUGACCUAAAUAGAGACCCUCAAAGGAAAAGGGUACUUGAGUCUCAAACACUUUGGGACUGAACAGCUUUAAAAACUCCUUUGUGCCCACCUUCAUCAAAUUUUUAAAUAGUGUUUCUUGAGGCUUUUCUGUUGCAUCAUGGUGCUCUUAUCUCUGUAUCUUUAAUCUUUGCCUUACUGAUGCUGCGGUUCCGUGCAACAGGGAUAAUGUGCACCUAAGUGUCAUUGUGGUUUCCUUGGUAUUUGUUUCUCUGUUUAUAUGGGUCUAAUAGUUAAUUUUUAACACAGUUGCAUACUCUAUUUUCUUUUGAUACUGGGGUGAAUGCAGAUCAUUUUUAACAAAUCGUAUCGAAAUAAACCAACUGCAAAGUGUUUUAAGUCACAGAUUAUACUUUUGAUAAAUCUUAAAGCUUGUAGUUCUGGUUGAAGUCAUGAGACAGCUUAUAGUUUUAGUGUGAGCUCUUAUCUGAAACUUGGUUAGAGUGUUUUAUGACGUGACACCAUAAAUCGCACCGCCCAUCUAUUAUCAUCAGUGUUAGUUAAAUGUUAGCUCUUCCAGUCGGUUUGUUUUUAGCUUUAUAGCUUUAAUGACACAACCACAGGCCUGAGAGAGUGACAACAACAUCUACAAAACUCAAAUGGAUGCACACCUUGCUAACUCUUUGCAAAUCCUGAGAUUUGAUAGGUCAUUUUAGCAUUUAAUACGGACACAUGAUAUUGACAUAGACAUAAUCGCACAUUAAGUGUUCAUAUCUGUUGCAAACAGGAAGGAAGCAGAAGAGAGAGCAAUGUCACCUGAUCAUUUCAUGUUUUCUAAUGGCUCCAACUUACCUUAUUUUAACAAGAAGCUUCGUCAUCCAUUAAAACGGCCACAUCAGAGUGUGUAUUAGAAAUUAAAGGCAGAGAUCACAGUCUAUGCAGAUGCACAAACCAUAAUACUCCAAGUCUUUUUAAUAAAUGAUACCUCAGAAAGGACUUGUGAAAUAUUUUUAAAGAAAUCUUAACUUGGUCAGGGGACAAAUGAGACAUCAAAAAAAGUCGUAUUUAUUUACACUCCUUUAUGUAGCAAACAACUCUAGUGGUAAGAGCAUUGAGCCCUGUUGUACACCAGAUUACCACAUUUGAAAGUAUUCUUAAUCUUACCAAAUAUUUAAUAUACAAGCUUUGUGUUUUUGUUUUUAACUUGGAGAGGCAAAACAGGCAAGUCCUAACAAAAUCCACUAUGAUACUUUAACAACACUCAAAUCAAGUAAAGGCAAGACAAAGAUUAAAUCAAAAUCCAGCAAUUAACAUGACGUUUGGGUUUGGCAAGAUUUAAUCACCAUGCUGAAAUGGAUGAAGUAUGUUUGAUAGCUCUGUCGUCUGAGAAACCUGAGCAGUAUGUCUGUAUUUAAGUUGGCAAAUGAUGCAUCACUGCUCCUACAGUUUAGUUGUGGCUUACAGAUCUUUAUUGAAAAUACUUACAUGAAAAGUUGUGGGUUAAGUGCAAAGAUUUCUGUUUGUUCAAUCAACAAGUUAUGCACAGGAAGAUCUUACUUGGGGCCGAAAAAAAAUUUGACAACAGGCCAAUGUAUGUCCUUCCUGGUACCUGUCUUCCUGCUAAUGUCAAUGUGAUUUAUUACUUACGUACUCUUUGAAUUUAAUAACACAUAAUAGGCCUGUGAAGAAAACCUGCCCUUUUUAUGACACUGAUACAUCUGAUGACCAAUCAACAGAGAAAGAUUUAAAAAAAGUGGAUAAGUUGUUAAAAAUAUCUUGUGCUGUUUGUAUGCCUUUGACUUGAUGCGAGCAGUAUUUCUUCAGAGUUUAUUUUUGGGUCAUUUGUCUCUUUUCUUGACUUAAAAACAAACUGAAAGCACACGAGAAAGCCAUUAGCACUGUUGUGUAACCUUGUAUAAAGUGUUUUACAAGUUUUGGGGUAGACUUGAAAUCUAAAAUUUGUGUGUGUUUGUGUGUGUUUGCAUUACAGCAUCUUCGUGUACGCUGCACAAACGGAGCCGAGUUCCACACGCGGUCCUCUACAAAGGUCAGGGGACAAAUGGGACACAGGUUCAUGUUCAUCGAUGGAGACAGAGCUGUGUCUGGGUCAUACAGGUCAGCAAUUUAGUCACCAUGUGUGUCUUUGUGUGUGUGAGAGAGAGACCUUAAAAGAAAAAGAUAAUCCUCGUUGGCUCCACCUGCAUUCUCUACAUACUAGACUAACAGGUUGUUGUAAAUGUAUCCAUUGACAGGAGACAUAAAUGCAUGCACAGGGUACUCCCUUGGUACCUGUGUACAAUAGACCAGCAUUUAUCUUUGGCUUAACCUUGCUGAGAGAACACCUGCAGUUAUCAACCUUGGUCUAUUUUGGGUGUGUAAAUGACUGGUCAGUACAAACCAUUUUUCAUUUGCUUCAGUGGGUAGCUUCAGUCAGCUACAACGUGUAAGCCUUCAGGGCAACUACUGAUGAGGAAGUUAAGUCUAUUAGGAGUGUUUGCUUUAACCACUUACAGGCUUAAGAUUGAUUUUUCAAUCACUUAACGAUUUUCUCUGAAAGUAUCACGACAAAAUUUGAUCAGUAACUAAAUCUAACUCAAUGGAGCCUCUCACUCUGGAAUUUAAGAGACUCAUUGCAGCAAGUAGCUGGUUGAACAUGACUCACUGGGUAGUAGGAAAGUUUCUUCAGUUCUUCUGCGUUUAGUUUGUGUGCACACAGCACUGCAGUCUUAUGUCUUUAUAUGGGCAGUAAAAGGUUGUACACCUCCGCUAAUCAGAGGCAUGAGCUUCAAACUUAGGUAGACAAUAGAAAGUUAUGACGAAAGAAGCUGCUUGCCAGAUUUGUAACCAGGCCAUCUGCCUGAUGCAAAACCUCAGUUAUUUGGGCGCUUAGACCACUAGGUCCGUGGCGUCCCAAGAAAAAAGUCAAAAAUCUGUGUUUCUGCCUCCUAGAAACAGUAGACUUUUGUAGUCAUAUUUGUACUUAGAUGCUGUUCUCAAAACUAAUCCAACCUUUUUUCUCAAAGUUGAAUUUAGACUAUGUCAAUAUUUUGACUUUUCUCUUAAAGUACACAGACAUAAAAUGUCUUCCUAUUCCCUUUUUGCUCACUCUUGCCCUGAAACUCUUCUGUAUCAGAUCCCAAGAGUAUUAGCUGAACCUCCUCUCCUGUAGUUCCCCCCUAAAGAUUGCAUGGCACCCACAAGAGCUGUGUCAUGGCUGCAAGCUGGAGAACCAAUUCCCAAACUGUUGAAGGCUUAAAGUCACUUUUAUACAGUUAUUGUAGACUAUAUAUGUGUUUGUUCUGUUAUGCUUUAAUGGAUUUUAAGACCAUAAAUUUGCUGUGUCUUCUGUAGUUUCACUUGGAUGUCAGCAAGGCUCAACAAAAACCUCAUCACCGUAAUAACAGGCCAAGCAGCAGACGCCUUUGAUCGGCUGUUUCGCACCCUCUACUCAAAUUCCAGCUCAGUUGACCUCCGGCAGAUGGCUACAGAACCAGAACCAGAACCAGAACCCCUUCCACAGCCCGUCCAAGCGCCUCCUCCCUCUGCUGCUGUUGCCAGGAAACUGUUCAACCCCAAAUAUGCACUGCUUGCUUUAGCUAACCCUACGCCAAGCCCCCCUGCCGGGGACAAGAACACACAGGAGACCCAAGAUCAAGAGGACUCCAAGGGCACUCCAGAGGGAAGCAACAAGAAGAAUAAGAGGAGGCAGAGUAAAGAUGUCUUACUGGAGGCUCUCCCAAUCCACCCGGGACUUGUUGAUCUGGAGAAAGUGUGCUUGAUAGCAUAUCUGCCUACCUGGCCAGAGCCAGAUCCUCCCAAAGACGUUAUUGGGUUUAUUAAUAUUCGGGAUGCCAGAAAACCCUCUCAGGUUCAUCUACAGAGAUCUGAAAUGUUUGAAACAAGCCAAGCAAUCAGGUUUAGUAGCCCAUUCAUUGUGCCAAAUGAAACAUUACCAGAAGUCGCCAAGCCCAGACACUCUCCUUUCAAACCCGUGGAGACGAAUAAACCCCAAGCAGCACAAGACAAAGCAAAGGCUGGAGAAUCGAGGCUAGGAAAACCUAUCCCCAUUCCAGGGCCUGGUGAAACUAAAAUUAAAGAGGCAGCUAAACAGAACUCACCUGCAUCUGGACCGAAGUGUGAAUCAAACAAAGACACAACUAAGGGUCCAAACGCUGAGAUUAAACAGGGUUUAAACUCGCCCACCAACCAAACUACAGGGCAAAACUCCACACCUAACAUCAACGCAAACAUACCGUCUCAAUCUAACCCCUGGAUGGAUAGAUACAAAUCUGUAUUUGUAACCAAAAAUAGUCCGAAGCCUGAAUCAAACCCUGAAAAUGAAACAGAAAACACGCAAAGCUCUCAGGUGAACUCUACACAAACUUCACACACAGACUCUAGCAAAGAAAAGCAGACUGUUCCUCCAAAUUCACACACACAGGCUACUCCCACACCGUCACAAAAUAACGUUAAAAUAAAUCCAAAUAUCCAGAUCCCUACCAUCACCAAAAACCAUGUUUCCUCUUUUGGCCCUGAAAGUAAUGUCAAUGCCUCUUCUUCUCCCGUUCCUCCGAUCAUCUCACCUUCUCAAACUCCCAAUCAUCCCCUCCCCACUUCUGCAGAGGUCUCUUCUCUGCCUCCAAAUUUAACUCCUCCCAUCCCCAAACCUCGGACUAUCCAACUCCGUAUAACAGAUGCUGUUGUGAGCGAUGGCAAGAAGUUGUUGGAAUGCAGCAUUGCCAAAAACUCUGAGAUGAGCUUAGAGACGGUAGUGGUUCAAAGUGAGCCUGCUGUAACGUCUGUGGUGAAAACAUCUCCAGAAAAACAACCGGAGAUUGUGCCAGAGUUGAAGAAAAAUAAUGAAACACAAAAAAAUGUAGAGAGCACAGGACAUGUCGAAGUCAUUCCUCAACAAAAAGAGAGCGGGACUUCCCAAGAGACACAGAAUGAGGAAGCAGGAACAAACCUAAAAGUUCAGCCAAAUGACCUGAAUACUGAGAAACCGAAGGUGGAGAAUGUGGAUAAUCAAGACACUAUUCCAAACUUGACUACACCCAAGACUUUGACACCAGUAAGCAAUGAAUCAACCCCACAGACGGACACUGUAGCCACAAAACCGGCAGACACAAAGGCCACAGAAGAGAAUGAAACUCCUAGUGAGUUGGCUCAAACACCAAAUGAAAACAGCACAGAUGUAGCUCGUCCCAAAACAAACAGUGGAAAAACACCUGAAAUCCAGACAACAUCAAAGAGCGAGUCACCACCAAAUAAUAAAUGUGUCACAGACACUGUGGAUUCAGCAAUCUCCAAGAACAACACACACAACACUUCUCUAGAUCUUACUCCUAAAUUACGUGAAGGUAAACACACACCAGAAAAAUCUCUGCGCUUACCGCUCUCUGACUCACAUACAACAGACUUACGCUCUCUGACACCUGACAGGGAAUCACGACGGCUAAUGGCCCUGGCGCCCUCUCCGACCCCAGACGGACUUUCUCCAGAUCUUCGAUCCCGCACCCCUGACUUUCGAACCCCGACCCCAGAUGUCAGUGAUGGGUACACCUCUGCGAUAGAGGACUCCUAUCUCUCAACCACUUCAGAGGAGUAUUACGAAUGUUGUGGAUCUCCUAGUCUCCUUGAUCCGGGUUCAGAUGGAGCAGCUAAUCCCAGCCAAGGGACAACCGAAGAUCAGGUUAACCUCGGACAUACGAAUUCUCCUAAUUCCAACUCAAAGAAAACCACCAGCAAUUUAACACAGAGUGUGUCCAAGCCUGGUAAUGUCUCCUUAUCGUCUUCUAUCCUUACGAAGGAAGUGAAGAAAAAGGAAGAGGAGAAGGCUACAUGUAAAGACAAUAAAAAGGAGGAGAAUGAAAAGAAAGAGGCAGUGAAAAAGGAGGGAGGCUCCCAGAGGUCAGGCAGUGUUAAAGAGAAAGUAGGAAAAGUCAAGGAUGCCCUAACCCAAGUGCCUAAGAAGAAAAAGGCGGCAGAUAAGGGAAGUUCUGCAGGAAGCAAUGAGGGAACUGCGUCAAAGCGAUCAUCCACGAGUGACCCCAAACCAAAGAUGGUUUCUCCCGGGAAGGAGGGGUCGGACAAAGAGAAGGCGCCAUUGGUACCUGACGUUGUGCUAAGGAAAGACAAGGCCCAGCCCAACAAAGAGACAGAGGGGCAGAAGGUACGAUAAGGAGUCAACCCAUGUUUCCAUCCCUGUAUCAUAAAAUAUCACUUAUCCUCAAACGAUAAUCCUCAAAUGUCAUGCAGGUUAAUUCUAACCAAAUUCAUUUCUACUUUUUGCAAUUUUUAACCACUUUACAGUUUACUGUUCAGCGUACACCAGUGGCAUAAAGGGUAAGCACUGUUUAUCCACUUCUUAAAGGGGACACGUAACUCAUCUUUAACAACUACGUCUCGGAAAUUGUGGUGGUGACAAAAAUGGGCUGAUCAAGGGAAGAGAAAAAAUCUCUCUUAUUGAUAAACCUUUUUAGAUAGUGUGUAUUUUAACAUCUCAAAGCAGCUGCAAUCAACCCAUAAUACGUUAAAACAUAAGAAAUAAUCUUUAUAACAUCAACACUCAAUGAGUUUAAUACUACUAAUACUGCUGGUAUUUUCUGGUGACCUCUAGUAAUAUGUUGUAAUUUAGGAGGCUAUCAGUGAUCUACAUCUCAUAAAAAUAUACCAUGUUUAGAUAUUGUGAAGUUUAAAAUCCACACGUAUUAUCAGAGGUCACAUGUUAAUAUUAGUCCUGUUUAAAUCAACAUUUUAAGGUCUACCUUGAUCUGUCUUUUUUUUUUUUUACUUACCUUUUCUGUGUGAUUCUAAGCCUAUAAAAGCCACAUUGGCAAUCUUAUAAGAAAUAGUUUGAUGAUGAACAUUUUGUUUUUGCAAAGGAAGAAUUAAUCCCUCUCGCACAAAGACUGGAAUAGAUGGGGAAAGUAGCCAUAUUUUAAGGGUCUAACUAUUUUGGGGUAAGCAGCGUUGACUGUAUUCUCUAAAUGGACAGCGUGCCUUAACCUCCCUUCAUUGUCAAAAAGUGACACCUUAAUAUGAAAUUCUGUGGUGACAUAUUUUGGAGUCAAUAACAUCCCUCCACAUUGUUGUGCUACACUUUUCUCUUUGGGGUAAUAGUUCCCUUUGUCCAUCAAAGCAGACCCUAUUGACUCUUGUGUUGGAGUUUGUUAUAUUUACUGUCACCCUCCCUCUGCUACUCGACUAGUAGUGGCCACUAGUGCCUGUAUUUGUCAAUAGAGUUAUCACAAUCGUGACUAUGAAUGGGAAUUGGUAAUUCAAAUUCAAUUCUGCUUAUUAUAUAAGUUCUUUUAAAUCCUCAUAUCAAUCCACACGGGUUUCUUGUGUGGGAAAAAAAAUUGUCCUUUAACCCUUUAAUGCCUAACACCACAAAUUAUGGCCAGACAAUAAAAAUUUUUUUUGGAGCUGAAAUGUUUAUUUCACUUACUACUGAAAUAAAAAAAAAAUCUAAAUGUCCUUAAACUGUAACACAUAUAUUUAUUUAUUUUGUUUGAUAUAUUAGAUUUUUUUCGGAAAUUAAUAAACGAAAAGAGGACAUGUUUAUAAUUUAUCGGACUGUAUUCAGGUGUUUUUUUAGUAAUUUGUUGAUCAUAUUGAUUUGAUAGAAGUAUAUAAAAGUAUGUAUCAAGUAUGAAAGAUAAGGCAUUAAAGGGUUAAGUCAAAACACAAACGUUUGACUACAUUUACGGCUAGCAAAUACAGCCUAGAACAGUCAACCAACAACCAAAAUGAUACUGUUUCAACAAAAUUCAUAUAAAACUUUUACGAAUAACCUUCCUUUUUAGGAAAUCGAUGAGGAUGGUCUUUAAAAAUAAACUGAUCUUUGUUGAAUUUUUCAGAAAUACAUAGUUUAUUUCCCACAAAGCAAAGCGAGUGGAUUUUACUGUAAAUCAGUACAUUGUAAGGUUCUGUUUUCAGAGCUGUUGUUUUAAACACAAUGACACUCUACAUUAUUCAGCAUCAGAUAACUAGCUUAAAGUCAGCUUCCUAAGAGAAUGAACACUCGCACAUAAAAUAAGCAGACAAGAACCAACCAUUAAAACGGAAACCACGUUUGAGAAAAAUCAAUCUGACAUUGAUUUAAAAUUUCUGUUUGACCAAUGUCCCAUUUAUAAACAUGAGGGAAGGGGAUCAUCAUGCCACCUUGAAGAAUGGUAGAUAUUUUGGCUUCACUUGUGAGGAGGUGGUAUACUGCCCGCUUUUGAUAUAGAUAAUACUUUGGACAUUAUCUGCCUCUACUAAGACAUAGGUUUGCACUUAAUUUGAUUGGCAGUUUAGAUGAAUUAAAUACAUUAAAAACAACGUGCGUUGGACAGUUAGUGGCCGGCUAUUUUUUACUGAUUCCAGUUUUCAUACUAAGCUAAAUAACACAACUAGUUUAAUAGUGAGGUGACCAUUACAAGAGAGAUUUUCAUGGGCUUCAUUUACUCUAAAAUCUAAUAACUGCAAUUUGUCCUUCACAAGGAACUAGUCCACCGAAAGUGCUAUUUUUAUUUUUUUAUUUUUUAUUUUUUGAAAAUUAUGAAACCUGUCCCUGAAUGCCCCACGUCAGCCGCAGCCUCAUCCCCACAACUGACAGCUUACAUGACAUGAGCGGCUAGCUUUACUCAUGAAUUCCAUUUAAAUCAAAUGCUAUUAUCAAUAUUUAAACCUGAAGUACAUAAAUAUUGAUCGCUUUUUGAGUCAUGCCAAGAUUUACGUCAUUGUAUUAAACAAAAAUGACUUCACCACGCUGAAUAGAGGACAUAAUUCACAAUCUGCAGUAUGACGGAGCAGAAUUCUACGACCUGGAACCAAAUUUCAGCUGCUGAAGUCAUAACGUCUCACUGCGGUGAUACUUUGAUUUUUUUAUUAAGUGUCAAAUAUUUAACAAGGAUUAUGUGUGUCCUUUUGUAAAUGCUACUGAAAAAAACAAAGGAAUAAAAAGGUGGAAAAACAGAAAAUAUAAAUAAGGGUAUGCCACUGUGAAGUUUGUUCCUUUAUUUUUUUGUGAUUAAUAUUAAAAAUCAAUCACUGAACUAAUCAAGAAAUCUAUCUAUCUAUCUAUCUAUCUAUCUAUCUAUCUAUCUAUCUAUCUAUCUAUCUAUCUAUCUAUCUAUCUAUCUAUCUAUCUAUCUAUCUAUCUAUCUAUCUAUCUAUCUAUCUAUCUAUCUAUUUGUUCUAAUUAUUUGAUUGUAUAUUAUUAACUGUGUAUUCACGUUGCUCUUCAAACUACCAUUUCUGUCCUUGUGUGUCUGGAUGUGUUGAAUAUUCGCCAGCGGAGCGUCACCGAGUUGAAACACUUGUUUCAUUAUUAAACAAGGAGACCGUUUGUGAAUUAAAGUGACAUACUUUAAUGAAGCGCCCCCUCCCAUUCACGUCGAUUCAAUAUUCAUGAAUCGGUUAAAGAUUGAUAACUUCACAUCUAUUGAUGCUGUUUAACUCGCCCACCUUCAGCCCAAGUCUAGCCUCACGAUGGAGUCGGUGAGAUGUUGUUGGUGUCUUUUAAUUCAGUUCCCUCAUGUAUUUUUAAACACAGAGACAAUAGAGUAGAUUGCACUUUUGCUUCAAAGUACCUCACAAAGCUUUUAUGUCACUUGGCGCUUCAUUUGUGGGUGUAAAAAUUUAACACAGCGCCGUAGAUAAGUUGCUCGCCCACAGAUAGAAUAGAGGAUCAGAACUUUGUCUGUGCUGUCGUGUUAUUAAACCCUCAUUAUGUGUUAAAAUCUCAUUCUUCUAAAGCUGCUAUUCUCUCCUCUCCUGUCUUUUCUAAAGCUUGUGCAAACUCUUGCCAAACCUCCCGAGGAGCAGCACCAAGAAAGUGGAGUGUCUUGCGUUCCCAGGCCAUCCAGACCCCUCUCGGGCCAGUUCUUGGGGCCUCGUCCCUGGGGAAGCAGUCUCCUCAACAAGGGAGAAAGCAUAUUGAACCAAAGUAGCUCACAGGUCUUGGAUAACGCUUCUUCUUCACGCAAACUUUCACCACUUGCAACUGGCGUUGUUGGAUCUGCAGCUGCACGAAGGCAGGCGGACGUCUCCCGCAGCCAGCAGAGCCUUUUGAGCGACGGACAUAAGACCUCCCUUCUUGUUACGCACUCAAACUCACAGCGCCAGCUCAGGCUUACAUCCCAGAACCUUUUCACUAAACCCAAGGUGGAAGGACGGGGUCCGUUUAGCCUCACUUUUGGCAGACUGUACAGCCUCAAGGACCUGAAGGACAAGAUGAGCAGGCUGCCAGCUCCAAGCAGGAGGAGCAACAACAACAACUCUUUCCUGCAGGACCACAAGAGCACAAGCUAG